CCCCCCUCCAGUCCCCAAAGGCCUUAGAGUUGAUUCUGAAAAGGACUUCUAUCAAGAUCACCUCCAAGCUCCAGCCUGCUACACUAUACUAAACCUUGCAAAACUCUAUUUUUUUCUGUUUUUUUUCCUCUUCAAUGUUUUCAAAGAAGAAAAAGAGUACCCUUCAAACCAUACUCCCAUCCAAUACAGGCUGUGGCUGUGGCAGGCCGAAACUCUCAGAUGUAUACGAGCCGAUACCAAAACCUAAACCUAGACCCAGAACCUCAAUUUCCCAAAAAGAUCCAAACCCUAAUUGUUCAUCUUCAAGCUCCUGCUACGAAAGUGUAGGCUUCUCAUUAAUGGACAAUGAAGAAGAAGAUUGCACUUCAACCACCAUCACUCUGAACAAAGACAACACUUCAUCAUCACAAAACUCCGAAUCUGAAGCCGAUCCAAAAGCAUCCAAGAUUAUUGACAGCAUUGCUGUUGUGAAAUAUUCUAACGACCCCUUUCAAGACUUCAAGCAUUCCAUGGUGCAAAUGGUCGUGGAGAAAAAUAUCUACUCAAGAAAUGAUCUUGAAGAACUCCUCAACUGCUUCUUGGGGCUGAAUUCUCCCUGCCACCAUAGCGUCAUCGUUCAAGCUUUCGCUGAGAUCUGCAAUGAGAUCAUCUCGAAGAGGAUCGUCAAGAAACCCUGUGCUCAGUUAGAUGCGAGUCAAAAAAUGAAAGAAUCCUAGCUGUGCAUGGAAAUUGCUCGCGUGAAAUCCACGUGAAGGCAUUGAAUUCACAUGUGGGAAACUUUGAUUGGUAGUCGGUAGGGUUUGGUCAAGAUAAGGGGGCGCAACAGGGAUUUGUAGUGGAGAAAAGAGGAUAUGAGACUCUUAGAUUAUAAUAUUUAAUAAAGAAAGAAGCCCACCUCAGAGAUGCCAGAUGAACCUUCAAGGUUGUUUCGAUUUUAUAUUGUUUAAUGCUUUGGCAGCUGGUGAGGUUUUAUUUUUCUUGCAACU